AUGGACAACUCAACCUUACCUGGCUUAGAUGCAGCAACUGCAAGUGGGGAUGCUGAUAACCCUUUAGGGAGUUCCAAUGGCAGCUUGUCCGAAACCAGUGCCUGGGGCAUCAGUGGCAGUGGUCCUUGGUUGUUGGCGUGCAUGUUAUCCCUCAUCAUCCUGAUGACGGCUUGUGGCAACACUCUGUUGAUCGCUCUGGUGUUUGCCCAACGCUCCUUACGCAACACCUCCAACUGUUUCCUGGUGUCUCUCUUCCUGUCUGACCUGAUGGUGGCUCUGGUGGUGAUGCCGCCGGCAAUGCUCAAUGUGCUGUACGGGGCCUGGGUGUUGUGGCCGGGCUUCUGCCCCGUGUGGCUCUGCUUCGACGUUAUGUGCUGUAGUGCCUCCAUUCUCAACCUGUGUGUGAUCAGCCUGGACCGCUACCUCCUCAUCAUCUCGCCGCUGCGCUACAAGCAGAGGAUGACCCCUCCUCGGGCCCUUCUUCUGGUGGGAGGGGCCUGGGGUCUGGCCGCCCUCACCUCCUUCUUGCCCAUCAAGAUGAACUGGCACAGCUUGGGUCAUGGGAGUGGCCAUUCCCCAAUGCACGGGGCUGGCAGUUGCUGUCUGCGGGUUACCUUUCCUUUUGCCCUGGUGGCGUCAGUCCUCACCUUCUUCCUGCCAUCCAGUGCCAUCUGCUUCACCUACUGUCAGAUUCUCCUGGCGGCGCGGAGACAGGCGAGGCGGGUGGCGUCAGUUACGACAUCGAACUGCAGUCAGGUCAAGACCCUGACAAUCCCGCAGGUGAAGAAGCCGGAUGUGUUGUCGGUGAACAGCGAGCGGCGGCUGGCCCACCGGCAGGGACGGAGGGCAGUGAAGGCCAGUCUGACCCUGGGAGUCCUGCUGGGCCUCUUCUUCAGCGCCUGGCUGCCCUUCUUCAUCACCAACAUGGCCCAGGCGGUAUGUGAGUGUGUUCCCCCGGCGCUCUUUGACGCCAUCACCUGGCUGGGCUAUUGUAACAGCACCAUGAACCCCAUCAUCUACCCGCUGUUCAUGCGUGACUUCAAACGGGCCCUGGGGAGGCUGCUGCCCUACUGCUCCACCCACUCGCCCCACAGACCCUCACUGGCGCUCUCCCUCUCCCUCCGCAACUCCGGUGAGCCCAACCUGCCCACGGAGCCCCCCUCCCUGGCCUCCGACCCCCCACAGCCCCCCGCCACCGCCACAGACGCCGUCAACCUGUUUGACGACGACCACGCUGGGAUUGAGCUGCCCCUGCGGUUGCCCAAUCAGGUGGACACGCUGGACUGA